UGGGUAGGGAGGGAGUGCUGGCGGAUUAGCGCGCUCUGAUCAUCACAUUCUACGUUCUACCGUAACAACAGUGAAGGAAGAAAGGCAGUUUAGAAUACAGUUUUCUCCUCAUUGUUCGUGUUUGUCAGUGUCAGAAUCUCUCUCUCUGAAUUUAAAUCAUCCUUCGGCCACUAACCAUGUCACUGUCAGGUUCGCAGACUCCAGAUGACAGCUUGUACGGCUCGUGGGUGGAGCUGGAGGAGCUGCUUUCAGCAGUGAGCAGCAGGGAGAGUCUGACAGGACAAGAACAGGACACAGCCUCCUGGGCCCUGCAGGGGGAGCUACAGAGGAUCCUGCUAGAGGCACAGCUCGAGAGUAAAGACAGUCCUCCACAUGUGGUGACUCCUCCACAGACCGUUGCUUCCCCUCCCCACAGUGAAGGCAGCAGCAGUACAGACUGUGUUACCAUACAGUCCGAAGAAGAAGGGGAGAGGGGGCUGAGUUCUGAGUGGGUAUGGGACUGGUCCAGUCGGCCCGAGAACCUUCCACCAAAGGAGUUUGUGUUCCAGCACCCGAAGCAGCAGUCGGGCUCCCUGAGCGUAAGGAAGAGUGAGGUGAUGAAGAGAGGCCUGUUCUCCUCCGACGUCCUCAUGAUCCUCAUCCCCUCACUGCUGGUCUCACAUCUUCUCACACUGGGAGUGGGGAUCUACAUAGGGAAGCGAUUGGCUGCCUCUACAACUAGCACUCUGUGACAUGUGCUUCAGGGCAGCGCUCCCAUUCGUUGACGGCAGGCCAAUAGGAUGGCAGCCCUCGCCACAGCACACCUGUUGCACCCCUCUCUCCCUGUCAUGGGGCAACUUAGGACCCAGCCUUUCUUUACCACUGUCUCUCUGUAUGUCUCUCUGUCUGUCUCUCUAUGUCUGUCUGUCUGUCUGUCUCUCUAUGUCUGUCUGUCUGUCCACCACCCACCAGCACUUUGUGUGUCUGUCCAUCAGUCAGUCAGUCACUCAGCAUCUCUGAAUCUGUGAUUGUCCUAGGGCCAGAGUGUGUGUCUGUAUGUGCAUGUGUGCGUGUGCGUGUGUGUGUGUGUGUUUGUUUGUGUGUGUGUGUGUGCGUGCGUGUGUCAGGGCUGGAGAGAGACUGCUGUACAGACAUUGUGUCAAUAACUCAGACUGAGAUCACUAUUACUCUCCCAGCAGAGUAACACUAAUCUCAGUUACAGUGGCUUGCGAAAGUAUUCACCCUCCUUGGCAUUUUUCCUAUUUUGUUGCCUUACAAC